GAUAGCGGGUUCGCGGAGCGUCGGCCAGAGGGCGGUGGGUCUCCAACAACAUGGCCGUCUAAGCAGCCGACACACCGUUGCAACUCUCCACCAAGUUGACCAGUCGUAUUUCGUGGAAACGAAGGAAUUCGCACGGGGAGCCCGACGACACCUCGAUCCCAGAGACGAGCAGGCGAGGAGAAAGCAGUCAAACUGGCGCCGUUCAAGUUCCCCUUCUCAAAAAUGUCAAAGUCGCGCAGCAGCGACAAGGAGGAGCGCGACAACAAGGACAAGGAGAAGGAGUUGGAGGGUGGUAAAACGGGGAGGGAGAAGCAACGCGGGAAGGAGAUGGGGAGAGAGAGCGAGACGGAGGAGGAGGAGGAGGAGGAGAAUCCCGAGGACGAGGAGGAAAACGCGAGGGGGCAAAACGUUCGAUUGCCAAUGAGUCAACUGCAGUUGCAGGCCGGGGGAGAGACUCAAUCCAAUAUAAACUCACCGAUAUUAGCUUCCAACAGCGUGAGGAGCGAGCAAGCGAUACCGAGCUCCCCUCCACCUUCUUACGAGCACGUUAUCGAACAGACACGGUUGGAGCAUGCGGCCGAGGUGCAGAGGUACGAGGGUGGAAACAAUCCCGGGAAUGACGCGUCUGGCGAGGAUAAUAGAACAAAAGCUCCCAAGAUCCUUCACAAGUCGAGCAAAGAGUUGUACAGGGCGGUGGCGAAACAGUGGGGCAUCACUUGCAAGAUGAGCGACCACUGCAGAUGCUUGGACUGUCAGAGCUGCUAUUUCGACUGCGAAUACGACAAGAACGAGAAUCAGAAGACUGAUGGCGGGCUCGGCGCCGGCACGCCGAUGUUCAUUUCCGAGGUGAUGCACGGUUCCGGUUGCGUGCUGUUCUAAAACACCGGAAACGGGCCUCCACAGCGACGACACGGUGCUGCUUUGCCGUGCUUCCGCCGAGGGCACGUGAUCGCACAAACCAGCCUCAUCGUUUUCCUGAUGGAUCGGCAAACCAUGAAUCAGCGGAAACCUCGUCGUGUUCUAUGAUCACGACGAAGAUCAGCUGGGAUCUUUUUUUUUUUUUUCGUAAUCGUAGGUGGAUCUUCGCGAAUUUUUCAUUUGGAUUGGAUUAUUUUGUUAAUGGAAGAAGAGAUAUCCAACGUUGAAAUUUUGAAAGUUUUGGAAGCAAUUGGAAUGGGAAUUGAAAAUUUGAAUAUGAAAUUUCUUGUCUUUGUCAUCGAUGAUUCUUAAAAUGCGAUUGACACAAUUGUUAUUAAUUAUCGUGUAAUUUCGAUAAUUUUGAUUCUCCAAAUGUAAUUCGCGAAGAAAUUGAUUCCGCUUUCGAUACUCGCGCACCGUGAAAUUUUUUCUUUUUUUUUUUUUUUUUUAAACGAUGGCGAGGAUCACCGUCGAGAGGAUAUUUUCGAUAACGUGAAGCGAAACGCAAAUGGAGGUUUGAAGGAAGAAGUUACUUGAAUAAAAAAAAUAUAUCAAAGUCGGAGAGAAGGUUAAAACUUUGUCAAUUGUAUUUUACUCGUUGCAUUCUCACUAGACGAUUGGCAAACGUUCGACCAAUUUGUACAAUAGAGCGUUAGCGUUAACGUAUACAAGCGACCUCGCUGUUGAGAUUGUUCGAAAUUUAUCCACGAAGCGAUAUUGAAUUCUUCGGAAUAAUAAGUUUAGAAAAAAAAGGUCAGUAUCUAUGCUUCGCUCAUAUCUAAACCCCAGAUCUUCGAGAUGAUACUCGAUUAACUUGAUUGUCCGGACCAAUUUUUCAAUAGCGAAAUUCCUUUCGAACUGACUUUGUUUUAAAAAGAAAUCUUUUUCCCCUUUCUUUAACUGGAUUCGUUUCUCGUCUGGGGAAGAAACGAGGGAAAUAAACGUAAGAGUUUAUGUAAAUGUUUAGCCACGUUGUACCUUAAACAAAGUGUAUAAAAUAAUCGAAAUAUUGUCUCGAAAUCCGAUUAAUAUUGUAAAUGAUCACUUUUUGCUUAGCGUUGAAUCGACUCAAAUUAUCCUUCAACUCGAGGAAUGAAGAAGAAUUGCAUAAUUUACACGAGGAAUCCUGUAGAAUUUUCUUUAUAAGAUAAAAAAAGGAAAAGGAAGAAGAAAAAAUGAAAGUUUCUCGGUCUUUCAUAAACGUUAAACGCACACGUAAUUUUUAACUAACUAACUUUUACUGCUAUUUACAUGUUUGGACAACGAUACAACAGGCCUAUUGUUUGAUCAUUUCUUACAUAUCAAUUGCAAUCGAUACUUUGAAGUGAUAAGAAGAAAAUAGAAAAAUUCCAUUCGUACGACUUUUUUCCAUACAACAAAUUCUAUAUAUUGUCUCCUUCUUCAAAGUUAAAAUAUUUUAUCUUUCAAAUAAAUUUUCUCUUUUAAAUAAAAAUUAGAAAGAUUUAUAAUCUAGUUUAUUCUUUCCUAACGGGGACAUCGCAGAAAAAAGAAAAAAUUACGAAAACCUGUUUUCAUUUAUAUAUUUCCAUACAUUAGAUAAGAUAUAUUCACAACUAAAGGAGGACAUCACAGUGAACUGAGGAGAAACGUAUAAAUAGAAUAUAAGUUACAUAAUUCAUCGCUUACUUGCUAUAUAACAAUUAUUAUCGACCGGUAACUUUGAAUAAUUCUCUGGAAACAAUCGGAGGGGGAAAGUUUAUUAAUAAUAACUUUUUAACACGGAGAAUACGGUUUUUUCAGAUAUUAUUCGCGUUAUAGACGAAUGUUAAGAAAGGAGUGAUAUUUCCGGUACCGCUUUCUUUCUAAAGCGAUUCGAGCAGAAAUCAUAGGUUAGGUUUCCACGAUAGAGAAUUAGAAAGCAUACGAAUGCCUCAUUCCUCGAGAAGGAGAUCGAUCGAACGAUUCGAUUCUUUCCGAAACGCGGAUAGCUAUAUGUGUAAUUAUGUCGAUUGUAAUUUACACGGAUUUCCAGAGGAAAUCGAAACUCGAAACACAUGAAAGUAUUAUAGAUCGAGCGUCGAAUACGCGUAUUCAAUGGUGUCUCGUUUGCAUAUAAUUUUUUACUUUGCCACUAGUUUUAUUCCUUUCGAUAUUAUUAAUUUCGUUGUUGAAAAAUAUAUCGUGUACAUGAUUUUUCUCAUAUAGACAAGAAGUAGUUUUGAUUUUCAUCUUCCAUUUAUUUUUCCUUUCUUUUCUUCUUUUUUUCUUUUCCCAUCGAGAUGGAUAAGAUAUCGUUUGAAUUUGCCGCCAUUUUAAAUGUGUCGCCACUUUACCUUGCAUUACAUACAUAUACAAUAUACACACGAAAUAUAACACGAGAAACAUUCUUUCGAUUAUUCAUAUACAAUUGUAUUAAAAAACGUUUUUAUAAAGCUGACAAUUUUUAUAAUUAAUGACAACCAAAAUGGCGGGAUAUUCAAAAUCGAUCAUAUCCUAUAUCAACAAUUUAAUUCUCUCUACUUAUUAAUUUAAUUCGUUAACGUAGCGAUCUAGCGAUUCAACGUCAUCGAUUCUUUGCUUUGGGAAAAUUUGAAUUGUCGUUCAAAGGCAAGCCUUCAAAAUGGCCGCGCGAUAGCCACGGCCGUUACAUCGCUUUUUUUUUUUUCGAGAAUUCUAUCCGUAACCUUGUGCUCGUUGCAAACUCGUCGAGCGAUUCAGCAGCGAGAAAGUGCUACGAACGAGGUAAAAAUCUCGACGACACGAUCGUCCCCACGUUGUCGAUCGAGUCGAAUCUGAAACAUAAUACAGUACCUGCCUAUACACUUGUCUUUUUCAAGAUACUGUCGUUCAAUGAUACGAGUUCUUUUGUACCUCGCGAAAACGAAACGAAACAAUUAUAUUUCACGUUGAAGAUAGAUCGAUCCCUCCCGCCAUUGCCAAAUCUAUUUCUUCUAUUUCCGAGAAGCAUCCUUUUCUACUUGCUUACUUACUUGAACAAUGAUACAUAAUCCUUUUGUCUGAUCGCGUGGAAACGUGUUAUUCGCCUAAACGAAAAACUGCAUUCCAUAUAAUGAGAGAGAAAGAUGAUGAAAGAUUGUUUAUUUUUUUGUUUCUUUUGAUAAACAAAAAAAAGAAAUGCUGCAUUUUACGUAAUCACAGGAUAAUUUAAAAACUUGUAUAAAUAAGAAGUAUAGAUUAUAUAGGCUUUAUGCUUACGUGCGUAUAUUCGAAGAAGUUAAAUUAAAAAAAAUAUGGAAAUUAUGCGGUUGAUUCGAAAGAAUUUAAAAGAAUAAGAGAAACGUUUUUAAAAACGAUAGGUUGGAUGAAAUUAAUCAUUCUCGAAUCUAUAAUUUCCCCCGGAAUCUGUAAUAUUGAAAAACUUUUAAUAUCAAAGUUACGCAACGAAAUGGAAACACGGUUUCUCGCCGUGACGCGAGAAUAACUUGUCGCGCGAAUUACAUAAUUUUCACUACUAGCAAAACUCUGGAUCGUUUCCACUCGGCAACGCAACACCUGAUCAACGCUGCACACGAUUAUUUCAUUUACGAUUAAUCGAAAUUCUCUCUAAUGAAGCUUGCGUAUAUUAUAUUAUAUGUGUGGAGAGGGGUGAAGUAGAAAUCGAAAAAAAUUGAAGAAAAAAAAUUAUAUAUAUAUAUAUGUAUGUACAUAUAAGAAGAAAAAAAAUAAAAAAAGAAGAAAAAACUGAGAAAAAGAAUAAGAUGUGUAUGCAUAGUAUUUUUCUGGGCCACGAAUUUUUCAUUCAUGUCGUCGGACCCUUGUAUGACAAAAAAAAAAGAAAAAAUUAAUAAAUAAUAAUAAUGAUAUUAUAAUCUCUAUUCAAGAUAUAAAUAAAUAUAUAUAUAUAUGUAACAUUAUAAAACAUUUAUCGGAAUACAGUUGGAUAUUAUUAUUGCAGACUGAAAAAGAUGUUGAUCCAAUUCGAGGAUGAAGAUCGAAAUAUCGAAUAUUUUCAAACUUGAAAUAAAAUAGGUCUUAAAUGUUUUAAGAUAGUAUCGCGUGGAUAAAGGGAAAGAAAAUGUGUGAAACAAUGGAGUAGAAUAUAUCCUUAAAACAAGAAGCUGUUGUAAAACGUCAAUUCCCUCGCAGAAAGAGAUAUAUACUAUGUAACCCAGAUACUUCUAUAAUUAGCGUGUAAGUCGCAGUUUCGUGUGGCAGACGCGUGUGUCCGUCUGUUUGAAAUUUUUAUAUUUCAAGAUAUUUACACGCACAUCUGAGAUCGCGUCGAAGAUUGCCAUUUCGGCGCAAACGGAAAAGAAGAGGAAAAUAUUCGUUUUAUUCCACCGGAGGGUGGCGGCGAGAGAAGAAAUAAGCAUAAAACUGUAUAACAUCUCGUAGUCGUUGUAACGAGAGCACGCUCGCUAAUCCCUAUUCGUGUCGUGCUCAUAUACAUGUCGUUUAUUCCGCGUAUAUACAUUGUAUAGAGAGUAUAAAGUGAACGAUUAUGGUGAUGCAUCGUUCCAUAGAGAAUAUUGACUGUAAAACUCGAUGUAUUUCUGGUAUGUUCGCACCAAUAAAAAGUGGCCUAAAGAAA